AUGACACGUUUCUCUCCUCAGGUGCGAUCUGCCGACCAGUCUUGGCGAGACUGUAAACGACAGCUGAGAAAAGAUCAUCGCUGGGAGUCGGCUGAUUUGCUGGACCGCGAUCAGAAAGAACGCCUCUUCAAUGACCACAUCAGACAAUUGGAACAGAAACGCCGCGAAGCGUUCUACCAGUUGCUCGACGAGACGACUGAAGUGACGCUCACCUCUACUUGGAAGGAGAUCCGGAAAGUAAUCAAGGAAGAUCCGCGAUGUUCCAAGUUUUCCACUAGCGAAAGGAAAACUGAAAGAGAAUUCAAAGACUAUCUCCAACAAAAGCUGAUGAUGGCUAAGAGCGAUUUCAGGGAGCUUCUGAAGGAAACGAAGAUUGUUACUUACAAAUCUAAACAGAUGAUACAAGAGAACGAGCAGCAUUUGAAGGAUAUCUUAGCUGUACUGGAGAACGACAAGCGGUAUUUCGUACUUGACUGUGUUCCUGACGAGCGGGAAAAGUUGCUAGAUACCUACCUGGACGAACUUCAUAAACGCGGCCCGCCUCCGCCACCGACUGCUACAGAACCUUCCAGGCGAAUUAAGUGA